UUUUCUCCGGCACGGGCUGUUUCCCCUCCUUUCCCUGUCUAUGGUGGCGUCGGCGGCUCCUCGGGCGGCAGCGGAAGGCGAGGCUGCGGCGUUGCCAUGAUCAGCGGCAGCGGCGGCCUCCCGCCCCCCCAGCCGUCCCCCUCUUCCUCCGCCGCCUCCUCCUCCUCCUCGGUGGCGGCCGCGGCCGUAGUGGUGGCCCCGCCGGGGGUCGGCGGGGUCCCCGGCGUGGUCGGCGCGGCGGCGGCGGCGGGCGUGAAGCUCAAGUACUGUCGCUACUACGCCAAGGACAAGACGUGUUUCUACGGGGAGGAGUGUCAGUUCCUGCAUGAAGACCCGACCGCCGGGGCUGCUCCGGGCCUCGGCCUCCAUAGCAACAGCGUCCCCCUUGCCCUGGCCGGCGGCGGGGCUGUGGCGCCCGGGCCCGCAGGCUACCCGAUCGGAGCUGGCCCAGGUGGCGGAGUAGGACCGCCGCCGGGGCCCAAAAAGCCGGACCUGGGGGGGCCUGGAGGAGUGGCUGGCGGCGGCGGAGGAGCAGCAGCGGCAGCCGGCGGAGGCGGGGGGCUGGACGGACCGCGGCUGACAAUUCCUGGAAUAGAUGGAGGUGCUUUAACUGAUACUACUCUCACAGAUUCCUAUUUCAGCACCAGCUUUAUUGGCGUCAAUGGAUUUGGAAGUCCUGGAGAAAACAAGUUUCCCAUGAUGCAGAGGAUGACUAAUAGCAGCAGUUCCCCAAGCCUUCUUAAUGACAGUGCCAAGCCAUAUGCCAGCCAUGAUCCUUUAGGUUCACCGGGUUCAUCCUUGUUUAAUGACUUUGGUGCCCUCAGCAUCUCUCAGAGGAGGAAGCCAAGGAAGUACCGACUGGGGAUGCUGGAGGAGAGGCUAGUUCCUGUGGGAUCAAAAGCACGAAAAGCAAAGAAUCCUAUUGGCUGCCUGGCUGACAGGUGUAAAUCAGGAGUACCCAUCAAUAUGGUUUGGUGGAACAGAGUCACAGAAAACAAUCUACAGACACCAAAUCCUACUGCAAGUGAAUUUAUUCCCAAAGGAGGAUCAACCUCCAGGCUGAGUAACCUGUCCCAGUCAAAUAUGUCUGCCUUCUCUCAAGCCUUGUUUUCUCACCCAUCUGUGGGAAGUCCUGCUGCUGCUGGACUAGCACCAGGAAUGUCACUCUCUGCUGGAUCCUCGCCUCUUCAUUCCCCUAAAAUAACUCCACACACAUCUCCUGCACCUAGAAGAAGAAGUCAUACUCCAAACCCAGCAAAUUACUUGGUGCCUUCUAGUGCCUCUACACCUCUUAAUAAUCCUGUUUCUCAGACUUCAUCUACUGGCCAGGUUAUCCAGAAGGAAACUGUAGGUGGAACAACAUACUUCUAUACUGACACAACUCCAGCACCUUUGACUGGAAUGGUAUUUCCAAACUAUCAUAUUUACCCUCCAACUGCACCUCAUGUUGCAUAUAUGCAACCAAAAGCAAAUGCACCUUCCUUCUUCAUGGCUGAUGAACUCCGGCAGGAGCUGAUCAACAGGCAUUUAAUAACAAUGGCUCAAAUUGAUCAAGCAGAUAUUCCAGCAGUUCCUGCAGAAGUCGACAGCUACCAUAGCCUUUUCCCUUUAGAACCACUGCCACCACCCAACCGUAUACAGAAAUCAAGUAACUUUGGGUAUAUCACAUCAUGCUACAAAGCUGUAAACAGCAAAGAUGAUCUGCCAUACUGCCUUCGGAGAAUACAUGGUUUUCGACUUGUUAAUACAAAAUGUAUGGUAUUGGUUGACAUGUGGAAAAAAAUUCAACACUCAAAUAUUGUAACAUUGCGUGAAGUAUUUACCACUAAGGCAUUUGGAGAGCAUUCCCUUGUGUUUGCGUAUGAUUUCCAUGCUGGAGGAGAAACGAUGAUGAGCAGACAUUUUAAUGACCCAGGUGCUGAUGCCUAUUUCACAAAAAGAAAGUGGGGUCAGCAUGAUGGGCCAUUACCAAGACAGCAUGCUGGGUUAUUGCCAGAAUCUCUUAUCUGGGCGUAUGUUGUCCAGCUCAGCUCUGCUUUGAGAACUAUUCAUACAGCAGGUCUGGCAUGUCGUGUGAUGGACCCAACAAAGAUUCUGAUAACUGGCAAAACAAGGUUGCGAGUAAAUUGUGCUGGCAUUUUUGAUGUUUUAACAUUUGAUAACAGUCAGAAUAAUCCAUUGGCUCUAAUGGCUCAGUUUCAGCAAGCAGAUCUGAUGUCAUUAGGAAAAGUUGUGUUGGCUUUGGCUUGCAACUCUUUGGCAGGAAUACAGCGGGAAAAUUUGCAGAAAGCAAUGGAACUGGUGACAAUCAACUAUUCCUCUGAUCUGAAGAAUCUCAUUUUGUAUUUGCUGACUGACCAAAACAGGUUACGAAGUGUAAAUGACAUCAUGCCAAUGAUUGGUGCUCGAUUCUAUACUCAAUUGGAUGCUGCUCAAAUGAGAAAUGAUGUCAUAGAGGAAGACCUGGCUAAGGAGGUUCAGAAUGGAAGAUUAUUUAGGCUUCUAGCAAAAUUGGGAACCAUCAAUGAGAGACCAGAGUUUCAGAAAGAUCCCACUUGGUCAGAAACUGGAGAUAGGUAUCUACUGAAACUGUUCAGAGAUCAUCUUUUCCAUCAGGUGACAGAAGCAGGUGCCCCAUGGAUUGACCUCAGUCACAUUAUUUCUUGUCUUAACAAGCUUGAUGCUGGUGUACCUGAAAAAAUAAGCCUAAUUUCCAGGGAUGAGAAGAGUGUCCUUGUAGUGACAUAUAGCGACUUGAAACGCUGCUUUGAGAACACUUUUCAAGAACUAAUCGCAGCUGCCAACGGCCAGUUGUAGUAUUUGCUAAAAGCAUGCGGGACAUUGCCGAGGAACUUGACCAGUAGCAGAUUGCACUACCGCUGAGUUGUUGUCAUCACCAUCGAUGUCUCGUUUCACAUUUUGAAGCAAACAGGAGGUGAGCAGAGCUGCUCACACUUGAGUCAGGUACACAGUUAUGUGAAGGGAGAAUGUUUCCUUUAUCCUAGAACGAUGGCUGCCACCGGAUGCUUUAUCUGUGAAGAAUUUAUUUUAGAGGGGAGGAACAACAGCAGGUGCAUGAUGUUCCUGCUUUUAUUUUUUCCACUUGUAUAUGCACUAAUUUUAAUUUUUUAAGACUUUUCUGAUCUCUGAACUUUUGCCACAUUGUAUACUUAUUAAGGGAAACUAUUUGCAAGAACAGUUUUGGGCAACAUUUUUGUCACUGAGGAUAUUGCAGAAUUUGCUCAUUUUGAUAUGAUUUGCCCAGAAUUACAUAAAGGACCAGGUAAAUAAUUUCAUAGAAAUUCCCUUCUUUUAAAGUACAAUAUAGUGCAUAAUCCUUGUAGGAGUGUUGUAUGCAAGCUCUAUAUGCCAUCCGCUGUUAGUUGUCCAACCAGAAGAUGGAGAUUUUUUAAAAAGAACACACAAAGCAAAGUAUCAUUGAAUUGAUGGAUUCGAAUUCCCCUAUCAGUUGAUUUAAGUACUUUCUGAGCAGUGAUAAACUAAUGUUAUUUGAAACAAUUGGAUGAACAUCAGUAAUUAAGGAGCAUUGUUAGGUGUUUGCUCCAAAUACAGCCAGCGCCUUUUAAAAAAUUGUACGUCUGUUUCCCUGCUAGUCAGAUGUAUUUACAUUUAUGCAAUUUUUUUAAUAGAGAAAAAUUUUUUUAAAGAAAUUGUGUUUUUAAAAAAAAAAAAAAAAAAGAAAA